AAAGCCCAUACAGAUUCAUUGAGGAGUGCGCGGGAAGUAGCUGUUUCUUUCAUUUCUCGUUGUCGUUCUGCCGUCAGACACACCACUCUUCCAUUUCGUUUUCUCUGCAAAUUCCCGUUUCCUUACACAACCCAAAAUGGGUAUUAAGGGUUUAACGAAGCUUUUAGCGGACAAUGCCCCAAAGUGCAUGAAGGAGAACAAAUUCGAGAGCUACUUCGGUCGCAAGAUCGCCAUUGACGCUAGCAUGAGCAUUUACCAGUUCCUUAUUGUCGUGGGAAGAAGUGGAACUGAAAUGCUCACUAAUGAAGCCGGUGAAGUUACCAGUCAUUUGCAAGGAAUGUUUUCGCGGACAAUCAGACUUCUAGAAGCUGGGAUAAAGCCAGUUUAUGUUUUUGAUGGGAAGCCACCAGAUAUGAAGAAACAAGAGCUGGCAAAACGUUACUCCAAGAGGGCUGAGGCUACUGAGGAUUUGUCAGAAGCCUUAGAGACUGCCACUAAGGAAGAGAUUGAAAAAAUCAGUAAACGGACAGUGAAGGUCACAAAGCAGCAUAAUGAUGAUUGCAAAGGACUUUUAAGACUCAUGGGUGUGCCUGUCGUUGAGGCACCCUCAGAAGCAGAGGCUCAGUGUGCUGCUCUUUGCAAAGCUGGAAAGGUUUAUGCUGUGGCUUCUGAAGACAUGGAUUCCUUAACAUUUGGAGCUCCUAAAUUUCUUCGUCACUUAAUGGAUCCUAGCUCAAAAAAAAUUCCAGUGAUGGAGUUCGAUGUUGCAAAGCUUUUGGAGGAGCUAAAUCUGACCAUGGACCAAUUUAUUGAUUUAUGCAUUCUUUCUGGCUGUGAUUAUUGUGACAGCAUUCGAGGGAUUGGGGGACAAACAGCUUUGAAACUCAUACGUCAACAUGGCUCUAUUGAGAAUAUACUGGAGAACAUAAACAGAGAGAGGUACCAGAUACCAGAUAGUUGGCCAUAUCAAGAGGCUCGUCAGCUUUUUAAAGAACCAGUGGUCUUAACUGGUGAAGAGGAACUUAAUAUUAAGUGGUCUGCUCCUGAUGAAGAAGGGUUAAUAGCAUUUCUGGUAAAUGAGAAUGGCUUCAACAGUGAUAGAGUGACAAAGGGAAUAGAAAAAAUUAAAGCAUCAAAGAGCAAGUCAUCACAAGGCCGAUUGGAAUCAUUUUUUAAGCGAACAGAAAAUCCUUCUGUACCUAUAAAACGCAAGGAAAUCAAAUGCAUGCUUAGAUCUUUCAAACCAACAAUUGAGCAUAAGAUGUUUUCUCUGCAACCUUCUAACUGGUCAAGGCCCACGGUUUUUGGCAAGUUGAGCUUGCCAAAAUAUAAUAUGGGUUCCAAGCUCUGUACCUUUGUCUAGAGGUGUCUGCUAUUGGUGUCUGAAGCUGAAUAGCCCUGGUGAACCUCCAAAGUCAUUCUGUUCUUAUGCAUAGUCUAUCUUUUAUUAACCAACAUAAGUGUUAACAUGAUUACAAUAAGUUUGUGGAAUUUUAAAUUAUGGCCUUUUACAAUCUGUUCUGGUAUCAUAAUAAUUCUUUGACUAAUUUUGGCUUCACUUUUAAUUCCUUUAGCACAUGGGCUUGUGAAUCUUGUCUUUCACUAUUUUAGAUUUGUAUGAAGUCUCAUUGGUUUUCUCAUACAGAAACAUGGUCUAAUUAAUUAGGCAGAGGCAGAGAAGUGGAGACUGGAGAGUUUGUUUUAUCUUGUUUGUAUGUCCUUUAUGCUGUGUCUUUGUUAAGGAGAUGUCUUAUCUUCCUUUUCCUUUUUGCUGUUUUUCACCAUUUCUCUCUAAUAAUAUGUUUUAUUAUCCAAAAGAAUAUUGAUUAUAUCAGGCCAUCCAUUUGAUAUAUAUUAUUAGCUGCCCCAAUUGGUGUUCCAAGCCCAAGCCCCACUCCUGCAUGGCGGUAGGGUGAGUGAGGGGUUAAGAUUUUUAAUUUGAACAAAGGUGAAUUGAUAAUAAAUCAGGAAUUACAUAAUAUUUAUAUUGAUAAUCAUUAUCUAUAUUGAUGUAUUGAUAAUAAAGCCCGACAUGGGCAUUAAAGUUGGAAUGACAUAGUAUUAUGUCGCAAAAAUAAAUUGGCAUCCUACUUGUACUUGAGGUGGCUACUUUAAAUACUGAUCAGAAUUUUAGGUUGGCUACUUGGCAAAGCCCAAGUAAAGGGUUUGUCCCCUUUCUUUACAGUUUACACUAAGAGCAGCAAUGAAGCACCAUCUCUCAAAAUAUCUGCUGAUAGUAACUAAACAAACAAAUUACUGCUUUUAUGUUAAAGAUGCGCAACUCAAAAUACUAAAGCAGCCAAAGCACCGGAGAACAAAUUACUUUUCUGGUUUAGAAGGUCCUUGCUU